UUAGGUGUGGCAGGGGGCCUGACCCCGCUGUCCAAGCUGCCGGCCUGUAACAUCCUCCUGCUGGGAGCCCAGCGCCGAACGCUCUCCGGCUUCUCCUCCACCUCCGUCCUGCCCCACACGGGAUUCAUCUACCACAGCGACAUCGUGCAGUCCCUGCCGCCUGAUUUGCGGAGGAAAGCCGCGCGCUUGGUGGCGGCCAAGUGCACGCUGGCGGCGCGGGUGGACAGCUUCCACGAGAGCCAGGACGGCAAGGUGGGCUACGAGCUGAAGGAGGAGAUCGAGCGCAAGUUCGACAAGUGGCAGGAGCCGCCCCCGGUCAAGCAGGUGAAGCCGCUGCCGGCGCCGCUCGACGGCCAGAGGAAGAAGAGAGGGGGCCGCAGGUACCGGAAGAUGAAGGAGCGCCUGGGGCUGACGGAGAUCCGCAAGCAGGCCAACAGGAUGAGCUUUGGGGAGAUCGAGGAGGACGCUUACCAGGAGGACCUGGGCUUCAGCCUGGGCCACCUGGGCAAGGCCGGCAGCGGCCGCGUUCGCCAGACCCAGGUGAACGAGGCCACCAAAGCUCGGAUCAGCAAAACCCUGCAGAGGACGCUGCAGAAGCAGAGCGUGGUUUACGGGGGUAAAUCCACCAUUCGGGACCGGAGCUCGGGCACGGCCUCGAGCGUGGCCUUCACCCCCCUGCAGGGGCUGGAGAUCGUGAACCCGCAGGCGGCCGAGAAGAAAGUGGCCGAGGCCAACCAAAAAUAUUUCUCCAGCAUGGCCGAGUUCCUCAAGGUCAAGGGCGAGAAAAGCGGGGUCCCCACCCCGCCCUGAGCCCCCCGAAUCCCUCCCCGAAUUCCCGCCCUCCCUUUUCCCGUGGAAUUUGGGAUCGGGGGGAGUUUUUUGGGGGGAGUUUUUGGGGAGUUUUGAGGGGUUUUUGGAGCUCCAGAGGGACAAAAGUGGGGUCUCCGCUCCCCCCGGGAGCCCCGAAUUUCCGGGGAUUUUUCCCCUUUUCCCAACCCCCCCUUUUAUGUUUUUUUCCCGAAGUUUCUAUAAAUAUUGGAAUUUUU